AAUUAUACACGGGAUAACUGUUGACGCCUGAUCAUGAUUUUUACUUGAAUUCUAAUAGUGAGACUGGAAAACACAGAGGAUGGCAAAGAAGAAGAACACGCUGGUUUUUAUGGAUGUUUCUAUUGAUGGUGAUCCUAUUGAAAGAAUGGUUUUUGAGCUGUUCUAUGAUGUUGCACCCAAGACUGCAGAAAAUUUCCGUUCCCUCUGUACAGGUGAAAAGGGAAUUGGUCCUAAAACAGGACGACCAUUGCAUUUCAAAGGGACCUUCUUUCACCGCAUCAUGAGGGGUUCAAUGGCAGAGGGUGGCGAUUUAUUGAGACAAGAUGGUGCUGGUGGAGAAAGCAUAUAUGGGGGAAACUUUCCAGACGAGUCGCCCCAGCUAAAGCAUGAGGGACCAGGUCUACUUUCUAUGUCAAUUUCUGAUCGUGAUAAUUCUGGUUCUAUUUUCAUCAUCACUUUUAAGGCCAGUCAACAUCUUGACAGGAAGCAUAUAGUUUUUGGUAAGCUUGUGAAAGGAGAUGAAGUACUGAAAAAAAUUGAAGAUGCCGGUGACGAAGAAGGAAGGCCAGCUGUAACAGUGAAAGUGAUCAAGUGUGGUGAAUUUGAUGAGGACGUGACAAAAGUAAGCAAACUGAAGGCAGGAACAAAUGCUUCCCGUGAGGCCAAUAGUCAUGAAAUACGGAAGAGGGGAAAACACAAGAAAUCUUCUAGAGACAGAAGGAAGAAGAGGAGAAGAUACUACUCAUCUGAUACGGAGAGUUCCUCCGAUUCUGAGACCGAGUCAUCUGAAUCUGAUAGUGAUUCUGAUUCAUCUUUAUUGUCAUCCACUGAUGACACCUCUUCAAGUGAUGACAGGCGCAAAAAGAGGAAGAGGUCUUCUAAAAGAGACAAAUAUAGGCGACUAAAAAGAAGAGAUAGGAAACGUGAUAAGAAGCGAAAGCGGCGUGAUAAGAGGUCUAAGCACCGAUCAAGAAGGGCCUCGGAUUCUGAGAGUGAGAGCAAAAGUGGAAGUAGCUCUGAUGAUGGUAUUGAUGCUCAAGGGGAGGAUAAAAAAUGUAAAGAUCUUUCACAGAAAACUGCUGCUGUUCAAUCUCUUGUGACAGGAGAAGAAGAAACUAUUUCCACACGACGUAAAUUGAGAGCAGAAGCAGGUAUUAUUGAAAAGGAAAGCAGUCGGUCCCCCAAAGAAAAUGGUGAACGACAUAGCAAUGGCAUUGAAGCAGAUGCUAAGUCUAAUGGGAGUGCUGAUAGAGAGCCUGAUGUGGUCGAUGAUCACCCAGGCAAAUCUAGGAGCCGCAGCAUGAGUCCGAAGAGGACCAUGAGUAAGAGUAUUAGUCCCAGGAGGAGUAUGAGCAGGAGCCCAACUGCUAGUCCUAAGAGGAGCAUGAGCAGGAGCCCAAGUGUCGGUAGAAGCCCUCCUCCGGUCACGCGGAGGAGUCUCAGCAGAAGUCCUGCCAGAAAAGUUAGCAGUCGAAGUCCAUCUAUAAGCAGAAGCCCAGUGAGGGGCAGAAAGGGUCGUAGCAUCAGCAGGAGCCCAGUGAGGGUUCAGUCUCGAAGAAGCAGUAGCAGGAGCCCCAUGAAAUCCCUGUCUCGGAGAAGCCUUACUAGAAGUCCAGCCAGAACAUCUUCUUUGAGAUACUUUAGCAGAAGCCCGGUGAGAUCUUCUCGAAGAAGCAUAAGCAGGAGUUCAGGUCGGGCUCCUUCUAGGAGAAGUAUUAGCAGAAGUCCAAUUAAGCCCCCAAGCAGGAAUACCCGUCGCAGCUAUUCACGGAGCCCUUCACCUGUACCUAGAGCCAGGUCACCUCCUGCUCGAGGAAGAAGUUUGUCUAGAAGUGUUUCUCCGGAUGGGUCCUCCAAGCGAAUUAGAAGAGGGCGAGGUUUUAGUCAGCGUUACUCUUUUGCUCGGAAAUACCGAACCCCCUCUCCAGAUCGUUCUCCUGUUAGAUCUUAUCGCUACAGUGGCAGAGUUGACCGUGACAGAUAUUCGAGUUACAGAAGGUAUUCUCCAAGGCGUUAUAGAAGUCCACCAAGAGGAAGAACUCCUCCAAGGUACAGGAGCAGGAGGAGCAGGACAAGGAGCCCAUCCGUAUCACGCAGGAGAAGCAGGACUAGGAGCCCCUCUGUAUCACGCAGUCCACCCUAUCGCAGCCGUCGUUUUAGUCGUAGUCCCAUUCAAAGUCGAUCCCCAGUUGAAGUAUCUAGAUCCCGUGCAUCACCGCAGGCCGAGAGGCGGCGGUCACCUUUGAGGCGCAGGAGUCCAACAGAAUCUCACUCAUCAUUGGAGUCCCAUUCUCCUAGGCGCCCAAGCAAAGAUGUGUCAAGAUCAUCUUCUGGAAGCCCUGGAAAUAAGAAGGGUCUGGUAUCAUAUGAUGAUGGUUCUCCCGACUCCGGUCAAAGGUAAAACGAGUGAAAAUCGGGGCAGCAAUAUGCAUUUGGUUUGAAUGAGCACAAGUUUCUCUGCAUACUGUCUCCAUCUGGACUUCAAUUAUCUCCUCCUCGUCAGAGUCUAUCUAUUAUCAGUUGUUAAAUGUCUAUUUUUGUAGUUUGUUUUAGAUUGAUCCGUGGUCUGUUGUUAAGGCUUUAUUUUCAAUAAUGGAUUAAACGGUCAUGCGAGGUUAGUAUGUCUCUACUUUAUUGUACUGCAGUGAUUUGACUGGUUAUUCCCGACUUUUAAUUCGGUGCCUUCCUGGAAUAAUCAUGGGAGAGUUUUUACCACAAGCUGCUACUCCCAUCGAUGGGAUGCCCCUGCUUAAUAUGGAUAGGAUCUACUCUUAAUGGCUUUUCAAUUUGAGAAAUUUGAGUUUUUAUUAA